AUGGCCUACUCGCAAUCCAUUCAAAUCAGCCAGGUACCUGUUAGUUGUGGUUUAUGUGAAGCUGAAAGACCAAUUAAAUGGAAAUGUUUGGACUGUAGUCUACUUAUGUGUUAUUAUUGCAAGGAAAAGGUACAUUCAAAAUUUAAAAAUGCACAGGAUCAUAAAAUCAUUGAUACAAAGGAGAUAGGACUGCAUUGUGAUGUAUUAGAUUUUAAAAACAUAAAGUGUAACGAACACGAUGGACAAAACUGCUGUCUUUUCUGUAAAACCUGUGACAAUUUGAUCUGUCCAACUUGUGUGUCUAAAUUUCACAAGAAACACGACCUUAUCGAAAUAAGGGAAGGAUAUGAUAUGAAAAAAGACAAACUCAAGAAAAAACAAGCAAAUAUUCAAAAGGAAAAAUUUAACAUGGUACCUAAAAUUGAUCAGAUGAACAAACUAAUAACGUCAGAAAAGUCAAAAUUCACAAAAGUAAGUCAAGAUAUUCUAACUCAUGAAAAAACUGUCAGAGAUGCAGUAAAUAACUAUUUUAAAGGGCUUAGAAAUGCAUUAGAACAAGGUCAUAAAACUGCUGUGAAGUCAAUUGAAUUUGAUCGAAAUGCAAUGUCUAUUUCUAUGAAGCUGGCAGAAGACGAGGACAAUGAAUUCAGGGAAAUAAUUCAAACUACUGAUGCCACAAAGUUUUUCUCAGAUGUCAGAUUAACUGAGAAAUUCAUGACAGUCCAAGCACCACAUAUACAGUCAAGCUACAUCUCUACCCCAAUAUUUAUACCAGGGGAGAUCACUUGGUCUUAUGUUGGAGUCAUACAAAGAGAUCAAGUUUUAUCAGUUAAUCCAAAUGUUGUGUUACAUAUCAAUAAACAAUUUCAAACAAAACUUGGCAAGAUUAUACAUUUAUCUCCAUCCCCGGACAGUUCAUUGUGGAUAAGUUCUGGAAAUGACGAAGAUUUACAAAAAGUUAAAUUACAAGGAAACAAGCUCAGAGUCAUGUCAAAUUUCAGCAUAAAGGUCUAUGGAAUGGCAGCACUUCAAUCUAAUGAUAUUCUCCUGUCCACCAAGGAAUCAAGACUAAAACAACUGAAUAUUGUCACUGGUAAUCUGACAGAUAGUGUAUAUGAUCUGAAACAUUUAAGUCCUACAUGCAUCCACAUUACCACUUGUAACGAAGCCAUAGUAGGAGGUAAUGAUGAUAUCCUAGGAAGGAGUGCUGUGUUUGUAAUGAAUGAGAAAGGAGAUUAUGAGAAUGUAUAUGAAAAUGAUCAACAUGAUCAACCUAUAUUUAAUUAUCCAAGGUGUAUAACCAGUACAAUUAAUGGGAAUAUACAUGUCGCAGAUUUUAAGACAAACAAUGACAGAGGUAUAGUGUUGGUGUUAGGACAGGGAGGGGAUAUAAUCAAUACAUAUACAGGACAUCCAGAUGUCAAUAAAGACAGACCAAUGCAACCAAUCAGAAUAGUAACAACACCAAGAGACAAUGUUAUUGUAAUGGAUCUAAAAACUUGUUACUUGCAUAUUCUAACCAAUGCAGGACGGCUGAUUACAUUAUUCAACACAAAAGACUUAGAAAUAGAACAUCCACUUUCCCUGGCCUUUACCUCAACAGGACAGCUUGUCAUUGGAUGUACCAAACAUAUAAGCAGUACAACCAAGGAAGCCAAGUUAUAUGAAGUUGGUAUAUCAGGUUGUUAA